UGAACGCCAAACCUCAGUGGAUAUAUAAAGGGAACCUUGAGGAGGAAUUUCACAGUUACAGUGCAGAGGCAGAGGGAAAGGAAUUAACCAGCUCUCCAGCCAAGCAAAUCCUCUACUCACCAUGCUUCCUCCUGCCAUUCAUUUCUAUCUCAUCCCCCUUGCAUGCAUCCUAAUGAAAAGCUGUUUGGCUUUUAAAAAUGAUGCCACAGAAAUCCUUUAUUCACAUGUGGUUAAACCUGUUCCAGCACACCCCAGCAGCAACAACACGAUGAAUCAAGCCAGAAAUGGAGGCAGGCAUUUCAGUAACACUGGACUGGAUCGGAACACUCGGGUUCAAGUGGGUUGCCGGGAACUACGUUCCACCAAAUACAUCUCUGAUGGCCAAUGCACCAGCAUUAGCCCUCUGAAGGAGCUGGUAUGUGCUGGCGAGUGCUUGCCUCUGCCAGUGCUCCCCAACUGGAUCGGAGGAGGCUAUGGAACCAAGUACUGGAGCAGAAGGAGCUCUCAGGAGUGGAGAUGUGUCAAUGACAAGACGCGUACCCAGAGAAUCCAGCUGCAGUGUCAAGAUGGCAGCACGCGCACCUACAAAAUCACAGUGGUCACCGCCUGCAAGUGCAAGAGAUACACUCGGCAGCACAAUGAGUCCAGUCAUAACUUUGAGAGCAUGUCUCCUGCAAAGCCAGCCCAGCACCACAGAGAGCGGAAAAGAGCCAGCAAAUCCAGCAAGCACAGCAUGAGUUAGAACUCAGACUCUCAAAACUGGACUGACUAGUAACCAUCUGCUUUACAGAUUUGAUUGCUUGGAAGACUCAAGCCUGCCAUUGCUAUUUUCUUACUUGAAAAUAUAUGCUUUCUGCUUUGAUCAAACCCAGCAAGCUGUCCUAUGUAUCAGGACUUCCUUUUCAAGUUUUUCUAGAUAUAAACGUAUCCAUGAGUGCAAUUUGCAUUUUGAUUCCACACAUCCCGUAGUUUUAAUUCCCCGAGGUUCUUGAAAGACUGGUGGUGCUAUAUACAUCAAUGAAUCAUUACUUUUUAAAACAGAAAAGGGCUUCUCAGUUACCCUCCAUUUCCCAACCCCCCCACCCCCUCGCCCGCCCCCUAACAAAACCCCUUCAAAAGUGAAAAGCUAAAAAAAAAAAAAAAAAUUGUUGCCGUGAAUCUUCACGGUAACACUUCGGAAAGGUGCUUUUUUGGUAAUCUUCAUGGGAACAGAUCUCUCUUUGAAGGAGUGAAAGACCUUGUGGCAUGUCACUUCAAAAAUAAGCCCUGUAGCUUUUUACAGUCUCUAAGUAUGAAAUUAUACCCUGCAUGCUGACCCUCGCUUGGAAUGGAAUGUCAAAAAUGCAUGGCAGCAGCUAAUAAGUAAAGCUGAUUAACUAUUUAUUUGUCAAUGUUAUUAUUUAAUGAGCUUUCACAUGUGAUUUUUUUCAAAAUGUUAAUUUUUUGUGUUUUGAGGCUUUCUCAUGUACCUAAAUAUUUUCCUGUAUGAUUGUGGUUAAUCUAGAAAUAUGAGAAUACAUGUUGUAGAUAUGUAAAAUAAAUAUUUUAGUCUCCUUAUUA